GUUGGAGUUGGGCCUCUAUGUGAAUGUUUUACAUUGUAAAAGUCAGUCUGGAAUAAAAACCAGGCAUAACAACAUUGACAUUGUACUCAUCAGACAGAACACAGAAGGGGAAUACAGCUGUUUGGAACACGAAAGUGUCCCUGGAGUUGUUGAAAGCAUGAAAAUUGUGACCAGGAAGAAGUCUGAAGAAAUUGCAAGAUACGCUUUUGAUUAUGCUGUCAAGCACAACAGGAAGAAAGUUACUGCGGUUCAUAAAGCUAAUAUUAUGAAGCUUGCUGAUGGAUUGUUUUUGAAUACAUGUAUUGAUAUUGCUAAAGAAUACCCACAGAUAGAACUUGACAAUAUGAUUAUUGAUAAUUGUAGUAUGCAGGCUGGAGAAGUAUGCUAAAAUUAUUGGUGAUGCUGUUGAUAAGACUGUGAAUAUCGACAAAAUUCAUACUCCAGAUCUUGGUGGCACAGCAAACACGUCUGAUGUUAUUGAAAAUGUGAUACAAAUCGUCAAGGACAAAACAAGUUUUAGCGCAUCCUAUUCACAAGCGACAUGAAUCCUGAUACUGACCUCCAUUAUUGUUCACAUUUAAAUUGUCUUCUAUCCAGAUGUAAAUAGUACAAUUCUGUUGUAGGCAAAUAGUUAAGUUAUUAUUAAAUGUUAGAGCUACAUGUAUGUUAUCAGGAUUCUAUCAUCUGUAUAUUUAUUCUGGAAAAAAAUAAAGUUAUAGCAUUUUAAAAA